GUUUCCAGUAGAACAGUGUUUAUUAAAGGAAACAUUUUUAAAAGGCUAUCUAGGAAAACUUCUAUUUAAUGGAGUUAAUUCUGCUACUCUGAGUGGAAUUUCCUUUAAGUUGGAAAUUCACAUCCGCUCCGUUUCAAAGUUGCGUCUUUACAAAGUGGCCAAGAUAGAGCUGCAGCCUGACCUUCUUAGCUCAGCCAGGCCGCUGGCUCCUAGCAGCCUCUGGGUUGCGGAGCUGCAAAGCCCAGGGUGCUGAGCUGCCUCCCGGACCCCUGCUAUCUUCCCGCCCUGGCACAUCCCGCAAAGAGCCUGGGCCUGCGGCUCCCCAUGCCCAGAGGGAAGGAGCCGCCCUGGAGAAGAGCCCUCGCGCCCCGUUUCUCCAGUCGAGCAGCGCGCGGGCCGCCUACACGUCAGCACCCAGAGGGUCCUACGCCUGCUCCUCCGGGAGGCCACAGGGCCGCCGGGGUGCAGGCAGGCCGGGACUGCAGGGAGCUGCGGUGGGCCGCCGAGAACUGCUCUGUCAAAGGGGCAGGCGCAGGGCUGAUGAUUAACUUGGCACGAGGAAUAUACAAAUCAGACCUGAGAGUACAGCCUCUAAUUAAAGUAGCCUUUUGGAAAAGGAGAUCAAACAGGUUUUCUGUUUAAUUUGUUUUAAUGUGGGGACCAGAAGGAACACGCAGACUUUGUCUUGAGACUUUGUUCUUGGAACGGAUCAUGUGAUCAAACGAGAGGAGUAACUGACUUCGGGGGACACCCGCCCAGCGCGUGGCCUGACUCCAGCCUGACUCACACCCCCGCAUCUCCUUACUGGGGGUCGGCAGCGACGCCGGCUCCGUAAUGAGGGCGCAGCCCCCAGGCUCUCCUGUGCAGUCCGGCCGCGCACCUCGGUGACCCCCAGCUGGAUGGGGCCCCGCCCCACCUGGGGCCGACCUGGUCAUGGGUCUCCAUUCAGGGGCAAGGCUGGAAGAACUGUCUGAUCCUCCGCAGCUUUGUGCCGCGGGAUUUCCCAAGUGGGAAUGAGCGUGAGCAUUUCUGGGAUUUAAACUGCAUUUAGGGAAGCAGCCGUGCCCAUCACAUGGACACUUAGCCAAUGCGCCUCUGAAGUCCCGAAAGAGCGCACAGUAGGGGCUUGAACCACUUAAGGCACCAGGACAUCGGCCUGAAAACCCACCUGGACCAGCUGGACCAGCAGAUCAGCGAGCUGCAGCUGGGCAUGCGCAGAACCUCCGCCGAGGGCCUGGACAGCGACAGCAGACCCAGCUCAGGCUUCUACGAGCUGAGCGACGGCGGCUCCUGCUCCCUGUCUGCCUCCUGCACAUCCGUAUGCAGUGACCGUGUGUCCUCCCUGAGCACCUUGCUGCCCACCACCCUGACCUCCCGGCCCAGUGUAGGGGACUGCCGGCCCCGCUCAGCUGACGAGACCACAGUACACGGGGCUCCCCUGUCUGCCUGGAGACCCCAGGCCGCCGAGGAGGGCUCAGCCAGACCCAGGCCGGUGUCCACAGGUGACCUGGAACGAGUCAUAGCGGCCGAGGUGGGCCUCCAGAAAGCCAGCGCAGGACCCAGGCCUGCUUCUCACCUCUGCCACGUGCUGGACCCCAAGUACCAGCAAGACCUGGUGUCCAAAGGUGGCAGGGAGGCAUACCUGUACCCCAGCCCCCUGCAUGCCGUGGCCCUGCAGAGCCCUCUCUUCGCUCUGACCAGGGAGACCCCACAGAGGGACAGUCCCUCGCCCCCUAGGGAGCCCCCUCCCGGCUCCCCAGGCCCAAGCUCCAUCCAGACCCCACAGAUCCUUCAGGCUGGCCCAGCCGCAGCCUAUAUAGACAGGCUGCUGCGGCUGCGGGGCCACAGGAUGCCCCCAAGGGCCAGUGCGGGUGAGCAGGAACCCACAGGGCACCAGGGGCCCCCGUGCCUGAAGGAGCCCAGCGGCCAGAGAGCAGACAGCAAGGGCAGCCCGCAGAAGCUGGCCUGCAGCCCGGGGAGCGUGGGAGCUGGAGGGGUGGCUCCAAGGGGGGACGCUGGCAGGGACAGCCUCGAGCAGUGGGGCCCUGCUCUCCUUGUGGGCGCCCCCCGCCCCAGCAGCCUCCCAGAGGAGGGGCCCAAGCCCUCAAGUGGCUGUACACGUGGGGAGAGCAUUCCAGGCGCCCCUCAGCCGGGCUCCUGGGCCCCCCGGGCAGCUCUCAGCUGCCAGAAAGGCACCGCCAUCUCCCUGGCAGGCAAGGCGGGCAGGGACAGCCCCGCGCUGGCCCCCCAUCACCCUGCCUGCACUCCCGUCGUGGCUGGUGCAGGGCUGAAAACAGGCCACCCCAAAAAAAAGGCUGUGAAGAUCAAGAAGGGGGCCGGGGACCUGGCCCUGAGAUCUGGGAGGCAGCGACCACCCCAGGGCACCCCUGCAGCCCCCCAGCUGCCCCCCGAGUGGGGGCUUGGUCUCAGGAGGGGACCCACCCUGGCUGGGGAGACACCCGGCCGCUCCUGCUCUGAGCCCAGACUCUACCCGAUGCCCUUCCUCAUCCCCCUGCUGGUGGCCUGCCGGGAGGGCCACCGGGCGUCGGCCCAGGCCCUGCUCCCCUUGGAGGCAGCCCCCCUCCCUCUCGCCACGGCUGGCAGGGAGACCAGGGGGAAGCAGUUCAGGUGGCUGUCAGCGGUGGAGGUCUCUGCCAGGGCACGACCAGCUGGCAUCCCUGAGCCCAGCCUGGCGCCCCGCCGGCCCAUGGCAAGGAGAGGGGGUGGCCUGCGACUGCGACCUUUAUGUGCCCGGGCCAGGUCCCAGUUGCCCUGCCGGGGCGGCCAUGCCAGCAGCGAGUCGGAUGGCUCAGAGCACUCGGCUGAGUGUGUGUCUCUGCUCCGCUCCACCAUUGCUGAGACCAGUGAGGACCAGGCCAGCGAUCACACCACCAGCCGCUUUGGGGACGGGGAGUCCAGCGGCAGUGACCUGGAGGGUGGUGCCCGGGGCAGUGGGCACAGCCUGGCCUGGCCUCGGGCCACCCCCCAACAGCCCCCACCGGCCCCCGCCAGGUCCAGGUCACUCCUGCCUCUGGUGCCAAAACUGUGCCGCAUCAAAGCAUCCAAGGCCCUGAAGAAGAAGAUCCGCAGGUCCCAGCCGGCCACACUGAAGGUCAUGACCAUGGUGUAAGCCUGCAGGGGAAGAACAGCAUCCCCAGCCCCGGCCAGGGGACAGGCCUUCCAGGAGAAGCUGUCCCUUGUGGAACCACAGACAUGGGGCACACUGCAGGCACAAAGGGGCCUUCUGUGGCCGUGGGCCAAAGCAGGCUCUACCCGGCUGUUACCGUGGGUGUGGGCCUGGGGUCAUCUCGCCAGUUUGCUUUAUCUCCCAAGUCCCUCAGAAGGGAUGGUGAGUGGGUCCCCUGGGCACCCCCGGGUCACUGUAACAGUGGGGGUGCAUUUGCCCAUCCCAGUAGAGACCUCCCUAGAGAAUGCCAAAGCAGAUUUUACCACCAUCCCCAACAUCUCUGCUCUCCUUUGUCAGCAUCUUCCCAGGACGGGCAGCUGUCAGGCAGGCCCCUCAGAUGCCUGGGCCCCUGUCCUCAGGGCUGCUUUCUCUGCCAGCUGGGCAGUGUCUGCCCACCCUUUUAAGCCACUCCUCCCACAAAACCUUCUCUGUAAGACAGAGUCACAGGACUGGGUACUGGAGAUUGGGCGGGGGCAUGAAUCACAGGUGAAGCCCUCCAUGUGAAUGGAUGCCCAGAUCACGCUGUGAUCUUCACCUCCACCUCCCUCGUGCCACCCUGCUGGCAUGAAGCAGGUGUUCCGGGUCCCCUCCAACCAUCAUGUAGGGCCCUCCCCAGAGGUGGGAAGAUGCACAUCAUGUGAGUCCGGUCCAAACUCUGGUUCCAGCACACAAGUUGAGAAUAAAAGUGUUUUUGAAAAAAA